AUGAAUGCGCCGUUCCUGACAAUCCUCCAGAGCGCGUCGGGCAUAUCGUUCAAGUCGCAAUUCCUCUACCUCAUCGUCUACCUCACGCGAUACAUCGACCUGCUAUGGACCUUCUACGAGCCCAAGUCUCUCUACAACACCGUCUUCAAAAUUGUCUUCAUCAGCACAUCGGCGUAUACUGUCUACCUUAUGCUUAACGACUUCAAACCGACCCACGACCCUAAUCUGGAUACAUUCAAAGUGCAAUACUUGCUGGGUGAAGCAGAGACUAUUACAACGCACUACCUCUUCGCGCUCGGCGCCUACAGAGCCUUGUACAUUCCCAACUGGAUCUACCGCUAUUUCUUCGACGUGCCACGAUUCUACGACCCAAUUGCGGUGAUCGCCGGUAUUAUCCAGACCGUACUCUACUCGGACUUUUUCUACAUCUACUACACCAAGGUCGUUCAAGGCAAGAAAUUCAACCUUCCAGUGUGAUCGACGCAAUUCGAAAAGUUUGCGGCCACUGUUCGAGUGGCAUCUAUCGACGUUCGCAUGCUUCGUGUACAAUAUAUAAGUAGGGUUUGAGCACUUUUGCUGGCGUUUGGAGGCCGAGGUGAUUGGCAAAUCUGGGCAACGGUGGUCACACUGAACGUUGCGCUCGCAUGUCUUCCUUAGCAUUUAGAAGACACGAGUACAAUUUUUGUAAAAUGAUGCUACGGAUCAACUAGCUUAGACGCAGGACAUGGCUGCUGUGUGCGGCAUGAAUAGAGCUUUGACUUGAA